CUCACUCACAGAUCUCGAACACGUUUCCUGCUUUCUCCUUGCGCGCAUAUAACGGACUUCCCACGCUCGGCUCCAGUAGCGGAAGGUGUCGGAGGUGCAAACAUGCUCCUUGAAGAGAAAGACAGAGGCGCGUUCAAGCAGUUCUUGCUUCCUAAGCUCGAGACCAUCUCCGAUGCGGACGCAGAAGUUCUCGCGGAUUAUGUGAUCGCGCUCAUCACCGCCGACGGUCCCGAUACGGCAGUCAAGCAGAAUUGCGUGGAGGCGCUGACGGAUUUCUUGCAAGAGCAUGCCGGGGCUUUUGUGGCGGAUGUGGUCAGGGCGAUUGAGCAAAGGAGUUGGGAGGAUGAUGGUCCGAAGGUGAAGCUCGAGUCUGCACCGAUAGCUUCUAUUGUAGGAGCCGACUCGGCGCCGUUCAUUGUGCCAACGGACAACAGCACGGGCAUGCGAAUGAAGAACGGUCGGUCGGCGCCCGCCUCCUCGCUACGAAAGAACUCUCUACCAGAUCGGCCGACCGGGCCUUCACCUUCACACCGAUUGGCAGCCUCGAUAGCACGAGCGACCAAAAUUCCUAAUGGAAAGGGCAACCAGUCGCGGAAACGGAAGCUCCACGAUCGGGAAACGCGCCAGACAGGCGAGGGUCUUCAGGAUACGUAUAUCACACUCAAUGCUAGCGAUGACAGGCCAUCCAAGCAACUAGCCAGAGGAGGAGGAACGGACGGUCGACGCGGAUUUGGAGGGCGGGGUGUGAGGACCUCAGCAACCGGAUCUCGAGUACUGCCGCCACCCUCGAUUUCCCCCCUCGCUUCCUUUCCCACACUUCCUAUUGGGCUUCCUCCAAUCGACCCUAACAACCCGAUGUCUUUCAUAUCUGCGAUGGCUGCCCUUCUAGGCAUGUUUCCCGGAGUUUUGCCACAUCCUGGUUCUGCGCCUUCUUCUCCCAAAGCAAGGUGCAAGGACUACGACAAGAAGGGAUUCUGCCUUAUGGGGAGCUUGUGCCCCUACGAGCACGGCGAGAUGCAUCCUGCUACAGUGCUAGAAUACGAUCCGAACCAUGCAUCGCUGGCCGUGGAACCCCUCCUGGGCUCCAAUGGACGUCGAAGAAAUCACCAAGGUAAAGACCGUAACGAUGCGAGAGGGAAAGGAACCUCCAGCGCGGGUCCUCCCCGUGCAGCCUUCUCCCACACCGGGCUGUCUCACGACCGUACGAAUUGCAUCAUUGCUGUUGAGAAGAUUCCGGUAGAGCAUUGCUCCGAAGAUAGCGUCCGGAACUUCUUCUCCCAGUUCGGGAAGAUAGUUGAUAUAGAAAUGCAAGGCUACAACCGCCUUGCCAUCGUUAAGUUCGAGGACCACGCUACCGCACAACGCGCCUACGACAGUCCUAAGGUUGUUUCCGAUAAUAGGUUUGUUAAAGUGUAUUGGUACAAACCUAAGACUGCGAGGCAGAGUAAUGGUGUUCAUGGAACUAUGCGAGGUUGGGGCGCCGCACUGGGUCAAGACAUCCCUGAGAUCUACAAGGAAGACGAUGAGAUGAUCGACUUCGAAGAGUUCGAAAAGCGGCAAGCGGAAGCCCAGAAAGCUUUCGAGGAGCGACAGAGGAAGGUCGAGGAAGUAGCAGCCAAAGCUGAAGAGGUCGACAAGCAGUUGCGGGUGAAAGAGGGGCAGAUACGGGAUUUCAAGCUCAAGUUCGCGGAGAAGUAUAGGGCAAUAGGAGAACAGGUAAUGAAGAGGAGGGGCAGAGAGAUGUCUCUUGAUGAUCCGUGGCUAAUGGUUGAUUUAUCAAACCUGCAGGCGGAAGCCGAAGGUUUAUUUGCCGACCACGAGUCAGAUAUGCCGACGACGCUCCGGGCAGGUAGCUUUCGAGGAAGUUACCGAGCGAGGGGUUUCGGGGUUUCUUCGCAGCGCGGACGAGGAGCUUAUCGUGGACGUGGAUAUGCAGGAGCACCUAAUAGGGGACGUAGCAGCGUCAUAAGGCUCGACAACCGGCCGAAGCGCCUUGCCAUCGCGGGAAUCGAGCCUGGAUCGAAGGAGGACGAAGCUGUGAGGCAACAUCUUCAGAACGCCUACGGCUGCGAAAUCAUCCAACAGCAUAUGGAGCAACCCAAUACGCUGAUCGUCGGCUUCCAGGAGCGCUACAUGGCUGAAAUAUUCCUUGACGAAGCUUCCCACAUCCCUGACGUCGGAAAGCUCGAACUAUCCUGGGUCCCCAACAACGUCUCCGUAGUGGUGAACUCGACCGAAGACGAGUCGUUUGCGUCGCGACGAGAUAAUGAUGACGAAUCUUCUACCGCAGACGAGCAGGAGGUGAGGAAGGGAGCAGAUGUAGUAGUAAAGGUGGAAGAGGAGCAGACGAAUGGAGUGGAUGUGGAUUUGGACGUUGCGGAUGAUGAGGAUGCGUGGCUUUAAGCUCCUUUCCGCAUCUGGUCCUGAAUGUACAUGAAGGAUUUAUUAUAUGGUGGGCAAUGCAUAUGGGCGUUCAGUAUUUCAGCAUUCGAUAAUACCCCCGGCAUCAAGGGGACGGCGAUGUACGGCUUAUGUGGGGAGCAGUGCAUACGGGCGUUCGAUGUUUCAGCAUUUGGUAAUACCCCCCGGACGGAGAUGUACAAGGCCAUACAUAUGUAGCAUGGUCGCGCACAUGUCUGUCUAUUUUAGUAGAUAGACGGGCAUAGAGUAUCUGGUUUUACGAUUUGUUUUGUGGCAAAAUCAUUACCGUUCGUUCGCUCUCUCUCUGGAGUUCGGUGAGUUGGAGCAAACGAGCACAGGCGCGCGGAUGAGAAGGGAG